CCCUUUUAGCUAAUAUAAGCGCUUUUAGCUACCGAACACGAGCAGAGAGAACAGAAAGGGAAGCUGCCCAGAUAAAUUUCUCUUUUGUUUAAAAAAAUGUAACAACUCAGAGCAACUUAAUAUCAUAGACUAAAUCCCUUUUUGUGGAAGAGUCACAAUGAAAUUUCCAGUUGAGAAUCCGAGGAAACAAGUGAACUGGGAGUGCGAGACAGUGGCGAUUCAGACGAACAUGGCCGCCCCAAAGAAGCCACAACCUGCUGCUGCGCAGGCCACACUGGUCCAGGCCAGCGUGGCUGCUGUACAGAACCCAGUGGGCUGUGAACUGAAGGGAAAUGACCACUGUCUUCUACCACGGCUGUCUAUCUCCUCCCGCUCAGCUAGUAUAGUUCCCAACAUGGAUGCUGGAGCGGACAGCUCAGCCCUCCACUCUGUCAUGAAGUGGAAGACAGUGCUGGCAGUGUUUGUGGUGGUGGUUGCCUACCUGGUGGUGGGUGGAUUGGCAUUCCAGGCAUUGGAGCAGCCCUUUGAGAGCGACCAAAAGAACACAAUCACCCAGGAGAAGGCCUUGUUUCUCCAGAGGAACCCCUGUGUAUCCCACGAGGAGCUUGAAGCCCUAAUUAAGCAUGCAGUAGAUGCGGUCAGUGCUGGCGUGAGUCCAAUUGGAGACACGUCCUAUAACUCCAGCCACUGGGACCUUGGCAGUGCCUUUUUCUUCGCUGGGACAGUCAUUACCACAAUAGGCUAUGGGAAUAUUGCGCCAAGCACUGAGGGAGGAAAGAUAUUCUGCAUCCUGUAUGCCAUUUUUGGGAUUCCUUUGUUUGGGUUCCUCCUGGCUGGUAUUGGUGAUCAGCUUGGGACCAUAUUUGUUAAGAGCAUUUUAAAGGUGGAGCAAAUUUUCAGGCAGAAACAUAGACAGAUUAGUCAGACCAAAAUCCGUGUCACCUCCACUAUACUCUUCAUCCUGGCGGGGUGUAUUGUUUUUGUCACUAUCCCAGCUGUCAUCUUCAAACACAUUGAAGGCUGGACUGCGCUGGAAGCCAUCUACUUUGUUGUUAUUACUCUCACAACUGUCGGCAUUGGGGAUUAUGUAGCAGGUGGGGACAGGAGGAUUGAAUACAUGAAGUGGUACAAGCCACUGGUUUGGUUCUGGAUCUUAGUGGGUCUGGCAUAUUUUGCAGCAGUUUUGAGUAUGAUUGGAGACUGGCUAAGAGUCCUUUCCAAGAAGACUAAAGAGGAGGUUGGGGAGUUUAAAGCCCAUGCUGCUGAAUGGAAGGCCAACGUGCGGGCGGAGCUCAAAGAGACGCGACGGCGCCUCAGUGUGGAGAUCCAUGACAAGCUCCAGAGGGCGGCCACCAUCCGCAGCAUGGAGCGUAGGCGGCUUGGCCUUGAACAGCGAGCGCAUUCUCUUGACAUGCUGUCUCCUGAGAAGAGAGCUGUCUUCGCAAGCUUCGAUGGAGGACGCUUCAAGACAUCCUCUCAGGAGAACAUCGAUAUGAAACUCAACAACCUCCAUCUGAAAGGAGAGCAGUACGAUAAGCCGCACAGCCAGCAGGCCUCCUCAGAGGAGAACAUCUUCAACCGCUUCGGCUCCCUCACUAAGCUGGCCAAGCGUAACAGGACCAGGGAACAAAACAGGAACAUCUCAGAGGACACACUCCGACCCAGAGCCUUUGAGGCGCUCAGCAGCAACAGCAGCAACACCACGCUGGCAGAGGAGAGACACGAGGCUGGAGAAGAGGAGGGUGAAGAGGAGGAGCUGAUGGAGAAAGAAGAAAACACCGCCUUUACUUAUCUGCCUCCGUAUGCCAGGCAGCUCAAGCAGCAGAACGGUUUUGUGCCAGCUCAGGCCAAAGAAAGAGACAAUGACAAAAUGCUGGCAGAGAGAGAACAUCAGCCAUAGACAAACAUGUUAUGUGAAAAGGGGAGGCAAGUGAUUCAGUAAUGCCACAGAAUGUGCCUUUCUGUUUUAUAUGCUAUGGCUUGACUCCAUCAGAUGAAUAUUAGUCAACAUUUACUGUUCCCAAACAACAAAUUAUGUUUUGGUUGCCAAAAAUGUGAAGUGGAUUCCUAUCAAAUAUGAAGCAUGUUAUGUUUUUUACGUUGUGUGAAAUAUUUCCUGUUCAGACUCUGAAGACUGAUGCAGCCAUACUGUAUGUAUCCGUGCUUCAAAAAGGAGUUGUGAUGGGAAACUAACCAAUAACCUGUGGUUCCUUUGAAAGAAACUGCUGCUGACACCCAGUCACUUUGUGUCCAGACAAAUCUGGGAUGUGGGUUUACAUAGUACAUAUCACAGAUGUCAGUAUAUGUUGAAUUUAAUCACUGUUUUAAACCUAAUUCAGCUGAAUUAGAACAAAUGAACAGAUGUUUGUUCAACAACAUCUUGACUGUAUGUAAUGAGUUUAUUCAAAAUUCAAAAAAAUGGAAGUGUGAUAUGCAUGAAAUGUGCUGCAUUCAUUUAGUUUAUUAAUCACGAUUUUAAAAGUAAACAAGAUUAAAGCACUACUGAUAAUAAUCAUUAUCCAAAACCGGCUGAAUAACUGUGAAAAGAAUGUCCAAGAAAUAUAUCAUUACCAGGAACUGUCUGCACCAACCUGUCUCACUCAAGAACUUAUGUUAUCUGUCCAUUUGAUGCAUCACUCACUCAUUUUGUUUUGAUCAUAAAAUAAAAUUUGUCAUCUUAGAAA